UAUGAUGCUGCAGAGGCCGAAAGUGUUGAUUCCUGGACGUUGUUGGCUUGUGCUUAAUUGGAUGGUAACCUACGGACGGACGGUUCUCCGUCCUACUCUCCUUCUCCUCUGACAAGUGGCUAUGGUAGGCAAAAAUAAGGCCUCAAAAUCAUGCAUACAGCACUGGACUGGACACGAUCAAUCACACGAAUAGGAAUAGGAAUAGGAUACUGGCCAGCUAGCUAGCACUAGGACUUGACCACGCCGGCCGCCCGGCCGAUUCCCCGAUUCCUUUAAUUUCUUUUUGUAUGCGUUGCUGCCUGCUUCUUUCUUCGUGUUCAGUUUAAUUGCUACUAGGAGAGUGGCCGCCGGCCGAGGCAAGGACAAGGAGGAGGAGGAGGAACCACCACCAGCAGCAGCAGCAGCAGAGGAUGGAGAUGAGCCGCGCUGCUGUGGACGACAUGAUCCGCCGCCUCCUUGUCCAGGAUGCACGGCGCGGCAGCCGGCAGACGACGCAGCAGCAGCUGGCGGAGGGGGAGAUCCGCAGCCUGUGCGGCGCCGCCAAGGAGGUGUUGAUGCGGCAGGCCAACCUGCUGGAGCUGGACGCGCCCCUCAACAUCUGCGGCGACGUGCACGGGCAGUACCGUGACCUGCUGCGGAUCUUCGCGACGGCGGGUUUCCCGCCACGGAGCAAGUACCUGUUCCUGGGCGACUACGUGGACCGCGGGGAACAGAGCCUGGAGACCAUCUGCCUGCUGCUCGCCUACAAGGUCCGGUACCCGGAGCACCUGUUCCUGCUGCGGGGCAACCACGAGUGCGCCUACAUCAACCGCAUCUACGGCUUCUACGACGAGUGCAAGCGCCGCUACAGCGUCCGCCUCUGGCGCAUCUUCUCCGACUGCUUCAACUGCCUGCCCGUGGCGGCGCUGGUGGGCGCCCGCAUCCUGUGCGUGCACGGGGGGCUGUCACCGCACCUGCGCAGCCUGGACCAGAUCCGGCGCCUGCCAAGGCCCUGCGACGUGCCCGACCAGGGACUGCUCUGCGACCUGCUCUGGUCCGACCCUUCCCCACUCGACAGCGGCGGCUGGGCGGACAACGAGGACCGCGGCGUCUCCUGCACCUUCGGCGCCGACGUCGUGGCGGACUUCCUCCGCAGCCACGACCUGGACCUCGUGUGCAGGGCGCACCAGGUGGUGGAGGACGGAUACCAGUUCUUCGCCCACCGACAGCUCGUCACCGUCUUCUCCGCGCCAAACUACUGCGGCGAGUUCGACAACGCGGGCGCCGUCAUGACCAUCGACGCGGACCUCGUCUGCUCCUUCACCGUCAUCAAGCCGGCGGAGGCCACGGACAGCAACAAGAGCAAAAAGAGCAGGGGCAGGGGCCGCAGCUCGUCAGCACCACCAGCAGCGCCUGCGCCGCCGCCGCCUUCUAACAAUUCCAACAGAAUCACGAGGAAGGGGCUCCUGCGAUACUGGUAGUAGUAGGUAAUUAUUACAACUGCCGGCAAAGCAAGCAGGGCCAUUCGAUCGAGUUUCCUGUGACGACGAUGGAAGAAGAAGUUGCACUGCACCACACCGCGUUAAUUAUAUAUAUGCUAGCUGCUGAUGCCACUUUAAUUUAGCUAGUAGGAAAUCGAAUGCGUGAGGGUGUUGUUUAAUUGGCCAGGCAGGUUUUGCAUCCAAACAUGCCCAACAUGCAUGCUCUGUGCGUGGUGGGAGUUGGAUGAAGAAGCAUACACUGCACCAUCGGUAGCUCCUGAUGCCAUUUAACGAAUUAUCGUACUUACUUAUUACAAUUUAAUUAUAUUUAUUUAUCGAUGCCUGGACUCUAUGUUGUCAACUCAAUUGUAUAGCUCUCUCGUGUGCCUUUGCCUCUAGCUGGCUCUAUAAAAUUGCUAGGCAGGUGUUGGUUGCCGUUGCUUA